UCUUGAAACUGAAAUGCUCAUAUACGUAUAAAAUUGAAGUCAGUUUCUAGAGUGCAUUUAGUCACUUUCGAAUCAUGACAGCGAUCAAGUUGCUUUUAAUAUUCGCGCUUGCUGGAGCAGCCAACGCUCUGGAAUGCUACCAUUGUAAAAGUGAGGAAUACGGGAGUAAAUGCAUUAACAAUACUUCUGAAUGGCAAUUGCUAGAAUGUCCUCCUGACAUGACAGUGUGCUAUAUAUUUCUACAACGUCAAUCAGAUAAUCAUACGAUUGGAUUAGCUGAAAGAGGGUGCGCUCCAGAUAUGAACCAUUGCAAAAACCUUAUAGGGAUAGAUAAGAGUUAUCGAAGUGCUCGCAUCGCUCUCAAUUGUCACGUUUGCAAUCAAUCAAAAUGCAAUUCUAGAAAUGCCUUGAAUAUGAAUUCUUCGCAAAGAUCAUCUUUGAAUAUCUUCCUGUUUUUGCUACCCAUUUUUAUGAUGUCUAAGAUGUUGUGUGGAAAAUGAUGAAUGAAAUAAAGACGACAAAUUCUCCUUUA